GCCACACAACCAAAACAAAACAAACCAAACCAAACCGAACGGAACCGAACCGAAAAGCAGAGCGAGCCCAGCCAAAAGGAGAGGGGCAGGGGCGCCUCCCUCAUAAGCGGAGGGGCGGAACCCCCCACCCACCAGGAAUAGCCGGCCGGGCGGGCGGAGGAGGAGGAGGGGUGGCAGGGGGAUGGGGAACGUGACGUCGUCGGUGGCGGCGCGGCUGGCCUUCUUCCCGCCGGAGCCGGCGACGUACGAGGUGGCGGCGGCGGAGGGCGGGGGCGGGGCGCUGCGGAUGACGGGGGUGCUGCCCGACGCCGACGUCGACGUGCACGCGCUGCCCACCAGGGCCGGCACGCGCGUCGUCGCCGCCUUCUGGCGGUACCCCUCCGCCCGCCUCACGCUGCUCUACUCCCACGGCAACGCCGCCGACCUCGGCCAGAUGCUCGGCCUCUUCAUGGAGCUCCGCUCCCACCUCCGCGUCAACAUCAUGUGCUAUGACUAUUCAGGAUAUGGGGCCUCUACAGGAAAACCAUCGGAGUAUAACACGUACUACGACAUAGAGGCUGUCUAUGACUGUUUGAAAAAGGAGUAUGGAAUAGGGCCAGAGGAGCUGAUCCUGUAUGGGCAAUCAGUUGGAAGCGGACCGACGUUGCACUUGGCCUCACGUUUGGAGAAACUAAGAGGGGUCGUCCUUCACAGCGGUAUUCUGUCAGGCAUACGCGUUUUGUAUCCAGUGAAAGUGACACUUUGGUUUGAUAUCUUCAAGAACAUCGACAAAAUAAAGCAGGUCGAAUGUCCAGUGCUGGUUAUACAUGGCACGGCGGACGACAUUGUCGACUUCUCCCACGGCAAGCGCCUAUGGGAGCUAGCGAAGGAGAAGUACGAGCCGCUGUGGGUGAAAGGCGGCGGCCACUGCAACCUGGAGACGUACCCCGAGUACAUCCGGCACCUGCGGAAGUUCGUGAACGCGAUGGAGAAGCUGGCGAAGGAGCGAGCGGCAAAGGCGCCCCAGGUACCGCCGUCGUCCUCGUCGAGCAUGGCCGAAGCGAAACACAACAAGUGCUUGAGAUUCGGGAAGUGACCGUAUGACCCUUGACCAUGUAUGUCAGCUCUCGCUAACUGUGCCGUUGCUCGCGUAUAGACACUGAUGAUCUGACGGAGGAACCGGAGAAGCCUGUCGCGGCGGACGGCGGUCUCCCCGUCAGGCUCCGAUGACAUGACACCGUGGGGGUGGUGGGGGGAAGUGCAACGGCCGGCGUCGCUGCCUGUCGCGGGUUCAGGAUUUUAGACAGGCUCCAUGGCUGGAAUGCGCUGGAGAUGACUGAAGAGAAGUGAUGCAGCCUAGUGGAGGAAGCACGCAGGAGAUCAUAUAUAGCCUGUUGUUGUUGGGUAGUGUUCAGUUGGGGCUCUCUCCUUUUUCCUUUUUAUUCAGCCUGUGUAUUAGUUGAUGUGCAAAGAAGUAUCCGUCACUCCUAAUUGAUUGCAAAGUGCGUUGCGUGCUGUCA